AUGAACGCCGCCAACAUCCAAGCCCAGCAGGCUCUCAACGCCUACGGGCCCGUCUCAUCCCCUCACAUCUUCGACCGCGCCUCAUCCAAAAAGGUCUUUGCCGACAUGCUCGGGUCGCGCCGCCCCUCGCCCGCCUCCACCCCGGCCGAGUCUCGCCGCGCCUCCGCCGACAGCUCCGCCGCCUCCAACAAGGACAAGAAGGACAAGAAGGACAGCAAAAAGGUCAAGCUGCCUACCGUCGUGCUGCCUUGUUUCCGAUUCGUCAACUAA